AUGGUCAUUAGUGUCAAAAGUGGAUGUGCACUCAAUAAUCCAGAAGUUACAGUAUUUAUUGUUAAAACCUUUUUCCUUUCUGUUUAAAGUUAUGGUCAGACUGGAACAGGAAAAACCUUCACCAUGGAAGGAGAGAGGAGUCUAGACGAGCAGUUUACCUGGGAGGAAGACCCACUGGCUGGCAUCAUCCCUCGAACUCUACACCAGAUCUUUGAGAAGCUUACUGACAAUGGCACGGAGUUCUCUGUCAAAGUCUCCCUGUUGGAGAUCUACAACGAGGAGCUGUUCGAUCUACUCAGCCCCACCGAGGACGUCAGUGAACGACUGCAACUGUUUGACGACCCCAGAAACAAGCGAGGCGUGCUAGUCAGGGGUCUGGAGGAAGUGGUGGUCCACAACAAAAACGAAGUGUAUCAGAUCUUAGAGCGAGGAUCAGCAAGGAGGAGGACAGCCUCCACUCUCAUGAACUCCUACUCCAGCCGCUCCCACUCUGUGUUCUCUGUAACAAUCCACAUGAAGGAGAUCACUCUGGAUGGAGAGGAGUUGGUCAAGAUCGGAAAACUCAAUCUGGUGGAUCUGGCUGGAAGUGAAAACAUUGGACGUUCAGGUGCUGUGGACAAACGAGCUCGUGAGGCGGGAAACAUCAACCAGUCUCUGCUGACGCUGGGCCGCGUGAUCACAGCUCUGGUGGAGAAGAGACCUCAUGUCCCGUACAGAGAGUCCAAACUGACCAGAAUCCUUCAGGACUCACUGGGAGGACGAACAAAAACCUCCAUCAUUGCCACUGUGUCUCCUUCCUCCAGCAACCUGGAAGAAACACUGAGCACUCUGGAGUACGCAAGCAGAGCCAAGAAUAUCAUGAACAAGCCUGAGGUCAACCAGAAACUCACGAAGAGGACUCUUAUUAGGGAAUACACCGAGGAGAUCGAGCGUCUAAAGCGGGACCUGUCUUGUGCAAGAGAAAAGAACGGAGUUUAUUUGUCUUCAGAAAACUACGAGAGCAUGCUGACUCAGAUCACCAUUCAUGAGGAGAGGAUUGCAGAACACCUGGAGAAGAUCGCUGUCAUGGAGGAGGAGCUUAAGAAGGUAACAGAGUUAUUUGUGGACAGUAAAACCAAACUGGAUCAGUGCACUGUGGACCUGGAUGAGAAGCAACAGAGACUGGAGGAAACUAGCAGAGACCUACAGCAGACAAAGGAGAAGCUGGUCCAGGAGGAGUUCAUCUGCUCGGAGCUCACUUCAGUCCACAAGUCUCUGUAUAACACAGCUGGACAGCUCCUGAGUACCGUCGAUACCAGUACCAGUGACGUGUUUGGUCUCCAUGACAAGCUGGACCGGAAGAAAAAGGUGGAGCAGCACAACAUUCAGAUGCAGCAGAGCUUUGCUCAGCGGGUGGACGGAGCCUUCAGCAACAUGCAGCACUGCGUUCAGCAAUAUGGAGUCAAACACAACGACAUGCUGAGCAAAUACUCACAGGCUGUUGAUGGGUUGAUCGUUUUGAACGAGGCGGUGCUGAAAGACUCUCUGACCACCAUGGAGUCGUUUGUGGGUGGAGUUGGGUCACUUGUGGCUGAGGGUGUAGCUCGCUGUCAGGAGAAGGUGCAGCAGCACAAAGCUCUGUGUCCACAGAAUAAAGAAAUUCUUCUUCAGCUGCUGGAGGAGCAUCAGCAGGACAUGGAGGAGGUCCUGGCUGUGAAAACUCUGGGGGGUUUAUCAGUUGUCAAAGAACUCGGUGACACAUUGAAAUCUUCUGUGCAGAUGCAGCGAGCUCUGGCCCAAAAGGUGGAGGAGAUGAAGGAGAUGGGCAUGUCUCUCAGUGGUUUGGCUCAGGAGCUGACUGAUCUGCGGGAGGCCAGUGUACAAGGUGUGAGAGCCCUGCAGACCAAACACGACAAGCUGAAAACCCAAAUCCUUCAGGCCCAGGAGAGACAGCAGCUGGGUAUGAAGCAGACCAUCCAGUGCCUUCAGGACCAGCUCAAUCUACUGACCCUGCAGACUCGGCAGGACUUCACAGAUCUGCACCUGGCCUCCCAAGAUCUGGCAUCUCCUGCUCUGAGCCUCGAGGAGAGUAUCAGCAGCGGCUGCAGCUCAGUAGAGAAUAACGUUUCAGCUCAGGCAGACCUCCUCUCCUCCACCUCCUCCUCCCUCGCCGCCUCUCUGCGUCUGACAGCUGACGAUAGUGAACAAAUCUUGGGGCAGAUGAAUGAUUACUGCUCCAACCUUCACAGCUCUGUCUCUGGUCUGGUGGGGCGUGACCUCCAGUGGAGCCUCAAAGUCAAUGAGCAGAUCAACAGCCAAACUCAGAAGCAUCUGUCCAUGAUGGAUACUGUUUCUGCAGAAGUACAGGCCCUCGGUGCGACUCCUCAGCGUCGGGAGUUUGUUUAUCCCCGACAACUGCACAAGUCAAGGAGCCGCAGCGAGCUGCUAAACAGUCUGAGGCAGCAGCAAGAGGAUCUGCAGGCUGCGCUAAAGGAGGAAGAGGAGCAGAGAGAGGAACCAGAGGAGGAGGAGGACAAACAAAGCCACACUGGCGCUGAUUCUCUUGAGGAUGAGACGAGUAACUGCAUCGAAAGUGAGCCAUCUUUUGAUGAGAACCUUGUCUUCAACGAGAGAAAUCGUGUUCCUUUCUUUAAGAAAAAAGGCAGUAAGGAGUCUAAGAACUACAAAUCAAAAGCACCAGAAAACGAAGGCUCAUCGACUCCUCAGAAAUCUCGACUCCCACUCCGCUGUGUGAACUAA